AUGUCGUCCUCUUUAACGGACGUUUCGUCGGCCGGCGAGAAGAACAACAUCAACAUCUCCUGGGCUAUCCGUGGCGGCGAAGAUGGGGGCAUCGUCACUAGCAUGACCGUCAACGUCCACCCCAGGAUCAGCUUCCCUGGCAUGACCUUCGCAAUUACGACAGACAACGAGCUCCUCUCGAACGAGACGACGGCCGCUGUCUUGGCCCACGUCAAGCUCUACUGA